AAAUAAUAAAUGUCUUCUGCGAGUAGAACAGCUGCAGACGCCAAAGCCAUGCUGCCACGCCGUUUCUGUGACUUCUACAGGUCAUCUAUAGCAAUUUGUAUAAGUUGUUGAUGAGUCGUCCGUCAUCUUGUCGGGUUUGAUCCCGAUUUUUGGUGUAGUUGAGCUGAAAAAAUGUGGCGCAUUUUUUUUGCCGAAAUUGGCGGAGGACAACGAGGACGUUAUGGUUUUGCAUGCGCCGUCCAGUGCUUUCUGCUCUUGCUACUUGGAGGAGGUGAUCCAUUUUUGCCGAAGUCAGCAGUGCUUGCGAGUAGAAGCAAAGUUCCGCGAAUCGGGGCAGACCACGAUGGUGAAAAUCUGCCGGUGUCGGGCGGCGAAGCUGGUAGUACGAGUACCUCCUCCGCAGGAGGAGCUGCUCUACAGCGAAACGAUCGGGUUUCUAAGGUGGAAGAGGCGGAGGAGCUGCAUGUAGUCGAUGGCCAGCUUCUCGGCGCGGAUCGCCUGACAAGAAAGCUGCAAGAAAAGAGGAGUACAACUACUAAUAUGCGGACUACAACAGAGCAAGACGUAGUACAGGGGCCGCCGUCCUCUCAUCUACAACUAAAACAAGAACCUCCUCCGGAGGAAGGGCCAGACGAUCGUGGCAUCGACACCAGCAGCGGCACUCCUUUUUCAAGUGUUCUUUCCCCGAAUAGUACACUUCUUGCUGUCGGAGAUCAUUCACCUGGUAGUCCUGCCCGGGCCACGCGGUCAGACUUCACUGCGGGGACCGCGGAGGAAUCCAGUGGGGCGGCCUUCUCCGAGCAGCCACCGGGCGAGAAAAAAGAAGGACCACCGGUGAUGCGGGCGGCUGCUGAAAGUACUACAACUACGCGUCCUAGUCCUGUUCUCGCCGACGUUUUCCAGCGGCUGCGGGAAUUGGAACGCACGGUGAUUCAGGUGCAGGAGCAGCGGAAACAGGAUCACAAAGCGUUCGAAGACCAGCGGAAACGGGAUCAGAAAGCGAUCGACGGAAGGUUCUUGGUUGCGCGGGACGUGGGUUCGGCGAACGAGCAAUUCACGCAGAAUCUGCUUGCAUACGCCCUGGAAAGCACGACCGAUCAGUACAUCACUGCGGUCGUUUACCUGAACCUGGGAUUCCUGUCGGCGCUUGUUGCGAUCGUGCUCCCCUUAAUUCGAGUGCUUUUCCCCCGCCGUGCGCUUGGCAGACGACGUCAGGCAGCUUCUGUGGUGGUGCCUGCCGGGGGAAAUAAUGAUCCAGCUCAAGAUUUGUCAGCAGAAGAUGAAGUCGCAGAACUCCGACCUGUUUUGAUACUGCGCGACGAGGAGCUGGUGCCCCAAGAGCCUGAUAAUCAAGCUCGAUCGAGGCGUCUUCAAGAUGUUCCGGACGAAGAGUACUACCUGUUCUACCCUUUCGAUUUUGUACACAUGGGAACGCUGAGCAGCAUAGUGCAGGCGGUCGACACUGCGGACGGGCGGAUUUUUGCCGUGUGUUUGAUCGUCACCGAAGUGCUGUUCCUUCUGUCGCGGUAUACGUUGACGAUAUACGAGCCCUGGUGCCACCCGCAGGAUCGAAAAGCUCCGACGGGUUUUCCGUUUAUGAUGAGCUUCGGCGAGCGCCUGACGCGGCUGCUGUGGCUGGUGCUGCCGCGCAUUCUUUUGCUGCUGACCGCCGCACUGCCUUCCAAUACCGAUGAAACCAGGCAGGCUCGAAGUUUGGCCCGCCGGGCGAGCGGCGGUACUUUUUCACCCGUUUCGUCGCAGCGCGUUGGAGUUGACGAGCAUAGUACAGCCGCAGGAGGCCAGGAUCGCGCACCCCUCGAGCAGGAGGAAGGCGGCAAGAUGAAGAACAAGAAAACCGCGAGUCGUGCACAACUACCGGUCCAGCGCGACGCCUCUAUGACGCUGCCAGCGGACACUGCCUUGCGCGGACAGCCGGACUCCGUGGAUCGUAUCGCUGUGCUACUACACCAGGCGCGAGAGGGGACAAAACACCACUCCAGCGCAAUGCAGGCUCUUCAUGUGCUUGCCGCGCCACUCUCAGUUGUUCUGCUGCUUUUUUUCGAGACGCUGCAGCUGGUGUAUGGAGAGCGAAUCAACCUUGUGACAGCUCUGGUUGGUGCGGACGAAGCUCAAUGGGAGGCCAGCAUUGCAAGCGAUCCCUCAUUCGCUGACAUUCACGUGGCGCCGUGGUCGUUUGAAGACUUACUCCAUCCCUAUCAGAACGAGGCACUUUUCGACGGGACUAACCCUUUGUUCCGCUGCAGCGAUGUCGCCCCCUUGGCCCAUUUGAUGCAGUUUCCCCGACUGUUCCAGCUCCGAGUCUUCAUGCUGCUUGCCGCCUGGGUGCUCGCGGUCGUUUUCGCCCUGGCUAACACCCUUCUUGUCACUCUCGAAUGGGUUGCGCUGCCGAAAGCGCUUUUCUGGCGGACGGGGGAAGGUUAUUGGGUAAGAGAGGCCCAGUCGCUAUUCUUUCCCAAGCUGACCUUUCUUACAGAGUUGGGGGCAUUUCUACUCGUUCAAGGCCUGCCCCUGGUGCCACUUCUGCAGCUGUACACAGGAAUGGGGUGGAGGCCGAACUUUGGGAUGCAUCCGGGUCUCGUCGUAAUCGGCGAUGAUACCCUUGCGGCUCGCGUGGAACGGUCUUACAACGGAAUGUGGGAUUUUUUUUUUCAGCCGUGUGGCACUUUGUGGGACUACGUGGCGCUGCACGAUCACUGUUCCGCGUCCAUAACGGCAGACCCGUAUCGCAAGUUUUGGGUGACGUCCUUGCGGAAUAACAUAAACGAUACGAAUACUGGAUAUUUGGGACAGACACUGUUAAACGGAGUGGAUCCGCGGUGCGAGACAUACGCUCCACACCUUCGAAGUUGUUGAUAAAGAUCUUGAUCUGUUUCAUCUGCUGGAGGAGCAAGACCUGCAUUUUUAGCAUCUAGCCGACUAGAAGAGAGGAAUCUACUUUAAUACCAGUAUAAAAAGCGGAGCAGUUUGCAGGAAUGCAGCAAAAGCAAAUGGAUGACACGCAGAAGUACAUGCAGCCGUGUUCAUGCAAUCCAAGGAAGAAGUUGUACAAUAAAGAGACUGGUCUAAUAUACUCUCUUC